UCUGAACACUGUCUGAGCGGCUUUGUGUCCGAACUGUCGCCUCUUCUCCCCGGACAAACCAGCGCCGAGCCCUCACCGGAGCUUUUUACACGUUUAUUUCUGCCGUGUUUUUAUUGAAAACAUCUGCCACAUCCGCUCGUGCAAAGACACCUGGAUUCACUGGAAAGCACCGCUGGAUUCCUUCUUUUAAUCGCCAGUUAUUUCAACUUGCUUUUGCCUUCGUGAAAGGCGCGUUCUUCAAUGUAGCCGAAUAUUUGUUUGCGACAUCAAGCCACCAUGAGUUCAAAUGCUUCUAAACAAGGCUCAGCUGGAGGUGCGCGGAGCUCCGGUCCCAUCCGCUGCCAGCGAUGUCGGGAAGUGUGCAAAGGAGAGGUGGUGCGAGUCCAGGAGACCCACUUCCACGUCAAGUGCUUCACCUGCACUGUCUGUAACUGCGAUCUGGCGAGAUCAGGCUUCUUCCAGAAGAAGGGGGAAUAUAUCUGCACGGCGGACUACCAGCGUUUGUAUGGCACGCGCUGUGACCGCUGCGACAGCUUCAUCACCGGCGAAGUGGUCUCGGCUCUUGGACGAACGUACCACCCCAAGUGCUUUGUCUGCAGUGUUUGCAGUAAACCCUUCCCCAUCGGAGACAGAGUGACGUUCAGUGGGAAGGACUGCGUGUGUCAGCAGUGCUCUCACACCCUUGUCAAGCCAAGCGAGCCCAUCAAGAUCCACGGGCCCAGCCGUAAGUCCGGCGUCUGCAUCGAUUGUGCAGGAUGUGGAGCCGAAAUCAAGCAAGGCCAGUCACUGCUGGCGCUGGAGAAGCAGUGGCACGUCCACUGCUUCCGAUGUCAGACAUGCAACAUGGUGCUGACUGGCGAGUACAUCAGCAAGGAUGGAGUGCCCUACUGUGAGGCAGAUUACCACGCCCAGUAUGGAGUGAAAUGUGAGACGUGCAGCAGAUACAUUAGCGGACGAGUUCUGGAGGCUGGAGGGAAGCACUACCAUCCAACCUGCGCCCGCUGUGCCCGCUGUAACUUGAUGUUCAAAGAGGGAGAGGAAAUGUACUUGACAGGCUGCGAGGUGUGGCACCCUCUGUGUAAACAGGCGGCGAGAGCCGAGAGGAGACUCAGGCACAGACGACUGUCAGAGGCCUCCAUCUCGCCACCAGGUUCUUCCAUCGGCUCCCCAAGUCGCGUCAUUUGUGCCAGAGUGGAGAAUGAGUUCCUAGAUUAUAAGGACCUGGCAGCUCUGCCAAAGAUCAAGGCCAUUUACGAGGUCCAGCAGCCGGACCUCAUAACUUCCUCAUACCUGCCCUACUACAGAUACACCCCCGAUGACAAUCUAGACUCUUACAGCUAUGGGGAGUCACUCGGAACCCUCUCUCCAUAUUCUCAGGACUACGACAGCCUGGACAUGAGGCAGCGCCGCUGCUCCAGUCCGGGUUACAUCGACUCGCCCACGUAUAGCCGCCAAGGCAUGUCGCCCAUCAUACCUCGCUCCCCGCAGCACUUUGGCUACGCCGGCUCUGAGAGCGGCAGGAGUUCACCUUAUUACGGCCAAGAGGGGCGCUCAAGCACACCCACCACUAACCAGCCCCCUAAACAUUUUCAUGUGCCAGCAACAGGGGACCCCAACAUCUACAGGAAGCCACCCAUCUAUCAGAGAACGGCCACGAAAAGCCGGACGAGUGAAGACAUCAUCCGGUCGUCCAGACUCUCCACUUACUCUCCAGAGCCAUAUGCCCAAUCUGAGGCUGACUACUACUCGUACAACAGCUCCCCCAGAGCCUAUCGACUGCCGAGGAGGCGCUUCUCGACUGGAGGAGAUGAAGAGACUUGGAGUCACGGUCUUCAAAGAGUUGGGAGUGGCAUCGGGAGGAUGAUCCUGAAGGAGGAGAUGAAAGCCAGAUCUGGUUCCUAUGACAACGACCCCUGGGGCAGCGCGAGGAACUCUCGUUGUGGGAGCAAAGAGACUCUGAACACAACGGGCUACGGCACCACGGCCUACAACAACACCAUCAACGGAUCCGCUCGAUCGCUGUUCAACACGGAGAGCGAUUUUGCCUGUAAAUCGUCGUCUUUACCGGGAUACGGACGUAAUGGCAUCCAGAGGCCUCAAAGUGCGGACUGCUACCAGUACCAGUAUGACACCAGCAGUGAGGUCAACUGGGGCAGCAGAGCUGAAUACAAGACGUACCCAUAUGAUGCGCUGAUAGUCACAACAAGGGGGCGCAACAGACUUCCCAAAGACGUGGAGAGAGCGCGGCUCGAGCGCCACCUGUCUCCGGAAGAGUUUGUCCAGGUGUUCGGGAUGACCCUCGAGGAGUUCGACCGCCUGGCGCUGUGGAAGAGGAACGAGCUGAAGAAGCAGGCCCGACUCUUUUAGCACCGUCGACCUCUGCCAAGACUCCGGAGCAGACCGAGAUGCUGCUUCGUCUCAGUCUCACUGCCAUGGCUGAAAACCUGUUCCAGACCUCCUCCAGAGUCCAAGCGAAUCCCGGUGGCACCGGCGUGACCUGCAGUGAGUUGAAGCAAUACCGGCGUGUGACCGGAUCGGCCUGGAGACUUUAGGCUCUGCCUUACUCGCGAUGCUCUUAGAUCUGAGUGUGAAGCACCAGCAACCUGUAGAAUGUAAUUGCAGUGGUUUGUUCCUGUCACUUUAUCAGUGUGAAUGAAGAGUUUGCUUUGUUUACGCCUCAUCGCUCCUGCGUUUGCUGACUCCCUGGAAUAACUGUGAUCCCAAACGAACCUGGUGGUGGACUGGAGUGAACCUGAAAACCAAAGCACCAGCUGAAGGACAUGAAACCAUUCGGAUGUGUGGAAGAAGAAACAGCUUGCAGUUUUGAUUGUGAACACAGGCUUGAGAGUGGAUUUAAUUUCGCUCACCAAAUAAACCUUUAA